GUGAAUCUAGCCAUACGAACAAUCAGUAACUCUCGCGGGCCAGUGCGUAAGUCUUAUCAUGGUCUUAUCAAGUUGUCUAGCCUCUUUUAUUCCAGUGUGAAUUAAUGGAAAUACGUUUUUAUACCAGAAUGCUAAUUUACGAAAUGAUUUAAUCCGUCUUGAGAAUCACAAUGACCAGUGAGGGUAUCGUAAAACGUUUGAUCGACAGCGGCGGAGAUGUUAAUGACUUGGAGGGUUUGUUUGGUAGAAAGCGUUCGGGGAUGAACAUGUUGACAGACCCACUAAUUCUUGCCCACCUGAGGUCACUCCACAAACAGGCUAGUAGUGACAGCGAAGGUGAGUUGUCUGUCUCACCACAAGCAGACAUCGAAGAUAAAGCUAAAUAUGAACAUUUGAGUGAAAAAAUUGUAGUAUAUAACAGACGAAAUGGCUUUUUAGGACCGUUUACAGUGCUUCAAAAGGGUUUAGAUUAUGAAGGACCAAUACAUAUCUCUCUGGAAGAUGGCCGUCAUAAGAUGACUAAAGUGUUGCAAGUAACAAACCAAGUAACAGUAGAAGAGCUUCUCCCUCUUCUUGCACAGAAAUUUAACAUCUCCAAGAACGACAAGCGUCGUAAGGUUCUAUACCAGACCCACGAAUUAGAUGAAAUCCUUUUGUCUAAGGAAGAGUGCCCUCUGGAAAUUGUAGUCAAUGCUCCGCAUAACAUACGAUUUCUUAUGAAAAUGGAUAAUGUUAAGGAAAGCUCACCGCCAACAUAUUCAUUUGAUACCGAUGUGGAGACAUCACCACAUUCCCAUCAUAAACAUUUGUCGAAGUUUUUCGGUGUCAGUCAUGAUGAGUUAAAUACUGCAUUAUCACCAAGUCUUCCCUCAAACUAUUCUAAAUGGAAAGCAGUCCCAGGGUGGUUUAAGAAGCACCAGGGUGAUGAGUUAAGUCUGAGCAGCAGUAGUAGUAGUGGGAGUGGUCAUCAAGGUAAAGGAAUUGAUGAAUAUAGUAAUGAUGGUGUGAAGGGUUUGAUGCUUAACCCACAAACUCCGAAAUUCAGAAGAAAAUCGGAAACAAUCGCAGAACCGCUGAAAAUGCGAAUAAAAUCAAAGAAAGAAAAAAACAAAGCGAAACAACGACCAAAGUCUAUAACCGAAGCCUUCGAAAGACGGUUUACACGCAGGAAGAAAGGUGCACCAGAGACAAGUGUUGAGAUAGAACUGUCAUUUGAUGAGUGCACUCCUGGGAUUAUCAAAGUUUUUGGGGAAGAGAUCUCAACUGGUGCUACUUACAAGAGUGUCUUGGCAUCGGAAGAAUCAACAGCAGAAGGAAUCAUAAAAGAAGUUCUUGAUCGAUAUUCACUGCCGAAAGAUGCCUCUGAAGAAUAUGUGUUAUGUGAAGUUGUUGGGAGAUUGAACACUCAAAGGGCAGUUGGUAAGGGACAGAAAAAGGUUGUCUUUGAUGAGCGAGAUUGGGAAAUGGGGUGUUUGAGAGUUGUUGAAAAUAACGAAAAGCCUCUUUUACUGCAAGGUUUUUGGAAACCCUGUGAAGGAUGUGCAAGACGUUUUGAAAUCCGUCGCCGUUCAAGGAUCAUUGCAACAAGUCAAGACAAUGUUACCUCUGGCUUGAAUGCAAAUGCCAAACGAUUCCAAAUGCACAGGACUAAUAUGCCAUUACAGUCCAGUUUUGACUCUGAUGGAAGUGGGAAUUUUGGUGUUAAAGUAGAAGGUAGCAGUAAAGGAAAAGACAACCAUGAACAAGAAGAAACUGAUUGUAGUGAUGAACAUACUGACACCUAUCAUCUACCUGUGCCACAAGAAUUUCCAUAUUUUAUAAAUAUCAAAGGUUCAGGUGAUAAUAAAGAUUUAUUAUGCUACCCAAUCAAUUUACCUUUAACACUUAUUGGAAAUGGAGACCCUGCUGAGAAUAGUCAAGAUAUUAACUUAGAUCAUCAUGGUAAAAUAAUCCUUACAGCUCCAGAUAUUUGUCCAAACCAUUGCAAAGUGAUACGUUCUGUAAGGAAUUUGUCGUUCGAAUUGGAACAUAACUUUGAAGACACACUCAUUGAUGUUUUUCUUGAGCCAUUUGCCUCUGCUAUUUUGCAGGUGAAUGGAAAUAUAAUUGAAGGAAAAACGCAACUAAAUAGCGGAGAUCUGAUUGGAAUUGGUGUUGAUUAUCUUUUCAUUUUUAAGAAUCCUACCGAAGAAAAUGCUAACCAGAUGACUUGGCUGGAUGAGUCGCUUAAUAUGAGCAAAUUACAAUCAUCAAUGAAUGAAGCUUGUGUACGACUCGUACACCCGAAAUUGGAACCUUUAGCAGAUGAAUAUGAUGCUGACAUCGCAAGAAUCAAGAUUAUCUAUCCAAGAGAUGCUGAAGACAACCUGUUGCAACAGGUCUUGCCCAUGGCAUGUGAUGGAGAGUUUACCCUGAUUCCUGCGUUUGUAUUUAGUAUGUGUAUUGAAUACACAGCGUACCAUCAUGACCAAGACGACACCAAGGCACUCUUGUGUAAGAUUGCAAACUUAAUACAAAAUGAAGCAUGGGUGAAAACAAAGACAUUAUCAAGUUCUCAACCUGCAAAACCAGCCAGUGCCCAAGAGGCGUUAACAGCACUCAUUCCUAACCUCCGGCCAAUCAUCAUCUGGAUGUCAAAUUCUCUUGAACUUUUGAACCAUCUACAACAGCACAUCCACGAGUACAUUGUUAUUAACGAGGAAUUUUCUCCUCCCGUGUCGGAUUCCACCGCAACUGUGGAUGAAGAAGUGCUCUCUGUUUUUGAGGAGGUUGUGAUGUACACGUUCCAACAAAGUGUUUAUUACUUGACCAAGACUUUGUACAUCAGCCUACCAGCAAUUCUUGAUUCGAGUCCAUUUGUCAACGACAAUGAUGACGAUGAUGAUAGUCAGCAGGAAGAGAAAGUCCUCGGUGUCAGCGCUUUCCUUAAUGUCUUCCAGGCGACUUUUGACCUCUUGAAGAGCUUGAAUAUACAUCGUCAAAUCCUGAAGCAGUUGUUUGCAUAUUUACUGUUUUUUACUAAUGCGUCACUUUUCAACAUGUUAAUGGAAAGAGGACCUAGCCGUAAAUUCUUCAAGUGGUCUAAAGGGGUGCAGCUUCGUGGCAACUUGGACUUCAUUGAAAGUUGGAUACAAGAUCAGGGUUUGGAGGAAAUUUCUCAUUUUCUAGGCCUAAUUUCAACGGCAGCUGAUCUACUGGCUACUCCUAAAAUUCAGUUGAUGCAGGCGACUUGGAGUUCAUUGCGAUGUGACUUCCCUCUCUUAAAUGAUGCCCAGUUGCAGAUGAUCCUCAGUGAAUACCAACUUGGAUCAGGUAAGCCCAGACCCAGAGGAUGGUUCCCGCCACCAGAAGAUGUUGAAAAAGCACUCAAAGCAGUUGAAAUACAUGCAGGUUUUGACAAUCAUCCACCUUUAUUACUGCCCUCUGGAGGGUUUGUGCUUCAGUUGAGGAAACAAGUCACAAAUGCAGCAUUCUACAGAGAACUCCAAGCUUUGAGCAGUGCACUACCUUGCAUUACCAUAGAAACAGGAAAUCCUGAACUACAAAGCCCACCCUCAGUAUCCAAAGAAGAGGAAGAAAUAAACAAGACAUUAAGUCGCAAACAAUCUUCACAACUCAAACGACAAGAUAAAUUAGAUGCACAGCAAACAAAUAAUGGCACAGACGAGACAGGUGGUGACCAAUCAGAGACCGGUGGUGUAGACGCCGACGGUAACUCGCAGCCUACAGAGAAUAACCCCCAUCAGAGUUUUGACAAACAAGCAAAAGAUUCGCAAUCAACAAAACAUUUUAUUAAGAGACAGGAUAUGCGUAAUGGGAACGUGCAGACUAACGGUAGCUUAACUUCGCAUAUACGUAGAAUGGAAGAAUCCCACAAGAAGACUGCUGCUCAAAAGGUACGAAGCGAAGCAACAGAGACUAAAAGAUCACCGAGCUACCGCAGUGCAAUGGCGCAGAGAGACAGCGGAGAUGGUGAGUCUAGUACAGCAAGUGAUUCGUCAAACCUUGAUCCGUUGCUUCAUACGCCUAUGGUUGCUGUAACGCCACCAAAUUGGGAUAAAUCCAUACCGUUAUUGGAGGGCAAACCAGGUGUAAUUCCUCCUCCUCCUGGUUGGACGUCAAACAAGGAGGAGAAAAGGAACAGCAUCAGUGACGUGACCAAUAACAAUACGGUGAUGGAAGGGUCAAUAGAAGGGUCACUCGAAAAUAUCAGCAUGGAUAGUACCUCCUUAUCUGAUUCUGAGGUGAAAGGCUUGCAGCCGUCAGUGGGUUCGGCAAACAAUGCUGAGAGUGGAUGUGAUCCCGAUGAUGUAUUUUUAGUGGAUCUUGAGAAGAUCAGUGGAGGAGUUGGCCUGGGGUUAAUUGAUGGCAUGUUCACCCCACUACGAGCCCCAGGGAUCUAUGUAAGAACUUUAUUGCCAAGUGGCCCAGCAGCUCUAGAUGGCCGUCUGAGGAUGGGUGACCGUAUACUUGCUGUGAAUGGAGCUAGUUUGGUUGGAGCUGACUAUCAAAGUGCAAUGCAGUUAAUUCGGAGUUCAGGGGUCAAGCUAAGGUUCCUCAUUGCCCGUUCUGACACUUCCGUUGCUAUGAAAAUUUCAAAUUCGAGCUGUUAGACCUGCAGAGCCAAAGAAUGAAUGAAACAAUUUUGUGUCAAAGGUUAACCAAAUUAACCAUGAAUGUUUACUCAAGUGUUUCAGAUAAGUAUUAUUAGAAUCUCAAAAUGUCUCUGUCUCUUUUCGGAGUUACUGUCAAUUAGUGGAUCCUCUGAUUAUUAGGAGAAACAUUAUUAAUCGGAUAUGAUGCAUAGAACAUGUGUAACUAUAGAACAUUUUUGUAUUUGACAACACUAGCUUUUGAAACUACUGUAACAGGAGUAUAAAGUGGACGCUCAAAUUUUGAAUAGGAUUUUAAUUAACAGGUGCUAUAUAUUGGUACACUUCUUUGACUUGGUUAUAACUGGUAUGCAACCAGCUACAGUACCAUAAGAUGGUAAGCUAUUGGAUGGUAUUGCUACCAGAUGGUAAACUACCAGAUCAUAAGUUACCAGUGGCGACUAGUUGUAAACAUACAGUAGAAGGUAAGCUUCCAUACGAUAAUAAGCUACCAGUAAAUGGUAAGCUAACAGCUGUAUUAAGUUACCUGGAUACCACUAAAAUGGUAUAAGCUACUAGUGAACGAUAUGUUACAGUACCAACAAAAUAGUCUACCAAAUGAUGGUAAACUACCAUAUUUGGCAAGUUAGUAGUAGUAUUAAGUUACCAGAUAGUGGUAUGAAAUUUAUACAGAGAGAGAGAGAAUGCUAUAUAUCAAAUAAGUUUUUAAAAUAUCUGAAUUUUAUAACUGGUAACGUUAAUUGCAUAAAUAAGUUGCCAUUUUAAAGAACUUAAAAUUUCUAACAAAAUUCCAAUUUAAUGACAGGGAAUUGCAGACAUACCAACAUUCCAGUCACGGUAGAAAAAAUUAACAUUAAAAAUUAAAUUUUUCAUUGAAUUUUAAAAUGCCUGUCUUUUAAAUGGGUCGCUUUGUUUUAUUCUUCAUUGUACACCUCCAUGACCUUAAAGCAUAGACACCACUAACACGAUAUUUGGUACCACAGGGUGUUGCUGAGGCUGCUAAGGACGACUAUACUCGUCAAAAACCCGGGUAACAUUCUAGCGUUUAUUACUUUGUAUACAUCGUAUACAAACUUAGUGGCUGGUACUGUAGUUCAGGAAAGACACGUACGUAUGUAUGUUUGUCGUGUUAUGUUGCCGGCAGUACACUCGAUUGCACGAGUCUAGGGAGGGGGGGGUGUCAUUUGAACAAUGUGUUAAUGAAAUUACCUCGCAUACAUCUCAGUUUUUGAAGGUAAAUUAAAAUUGCAAUAGAAAUAACUUCAAAUAUGUGUGCUAAUCCUGAAUUAGAUUUACAUUAUAAUAUGAAAUACUACGAAAGUAAAAAAGAGAAAAUGUAAUUUCUGGUGGUUAAGUUCAGGCUCCAUUUUUUGGAGCAGAAAUGCAUAGUUUAAGAUUUUAACCAUUUUAAAUUUAAAACACAUUAACACAAAAAAAAAACAGAUAGAGAUUUCUUUGUAUUGUGUGCCCAAAAAAUACAAAUAAUUAAAUGAUAAAUAUAUUAAUCAGCCAAUCUUUUAUAAGAGAAUAAUCACAAUCAUAAUUAUUAUCAUCCUCCUCAGCCUCAAAAUUGUUAUGAUCAUUAUACCUGCUCAUGACUUCAUUAUAGUCAAGGCUGGAGAUGUAUGCGACCUGUGGUCGGAGGCAACAUGAAUGUCCGGAGGCAUUUUUAGGGGGAAAAAUUCAAAAAAAUAACUGUUGGGCUAUAAUAUAGUGUACAGAUAUCAUUUAGGUCUGGAGGCAUUUUAUCAAGAUAAUUUACAUGGUCGGAGGCACAAAUAUUUUUUUUGAGGCCUGAUUAUGAUCAUUUGCUGUCAUCAUCAUCAUUACCAACAUGGAAAUCAUCAUCCUAGAAAUUGUCGUGCUCAUUAGCAUUAUCAUCACCAUUGUUGUAGUCUGAAGUACUACUGUACUGUAAAUGACAACACAACAAACGAAGUGCUUUCUUUUCUAUUUAAUCUCAAAGUGUAUAGCAUUGUUGAUUUUUGUAAAUUUUAUAAUUUAUAUUUUACAAAAGGUACUGGUAAUGGAUGAAAGAGUGUUCAUCGUUUUACCUUCUAUGAUUUUUAUAGUUUUAAAUUGUUUUAAAAUAUUUUUGCUAAAGUAUUAUACUGUAUUGUCUUUCAUUUUAUAUGUUGUGCAUUAAAAUCUCAGCCAAGCUAGCA